AUGUAUAAAUAUCUCAACAUUACAAUACACCAUAGUGGCGAAUUUGUUACUAAGGAUAAGAGUGUUUACGAAGGAGGGGCCUUAGAGAUUGAUGAUCUAUAUAGGGUUCAUCUUAGUGUUGAAGUCUUUAUUCAACACACGUUGUCAAAGUCUAAUUAUGCUGAUGAGACUGAAGUUGUGUUAGAUGAGGUAUCCCUUAAUGUGAUAAUUGAUGAGGCAGUAGUUGCGCUUGAAGAGAUGUUGAAUGAAACUGAUGUAAGGGAAGAUGGUGUUAGAGUAGCAUAUUUGAAAAGCUUUGCAAAGUCUGCUCAAACUGCUUCUCAAAAGUUGCAGAAAGGUGUCUGGAGAAAUAAUACAUGGGAUUGGUCUUUAUGGUUGGAUCGAAGUAACUUGUCAGAAGAGGGACUAAGGGAAUGGGAAGAAUUACUUCUACUCUUAAUUGGGAUAAAACCUAAGGAGGAGGUGGGGAGGACUCUUUUGUGUGGUGGAAAAGUAGGUAUGGUUACUCAGUCAAGCACUGUUAUUCGAUUUUAG